AUGAGAACAAAAAGAAAAAUUGUAAUUCUGAUAGUUACCUUUGUAGUACUUCUCAUACUCUUUACAACACUCAUUGUAAGAAGGAAAAGAUCAUAUAUAAAUUCUAGAAACGCCAGCGGCUUAGUGAAGUCUAAUAUAAUUACCAAUGAGAACUCGGGAAUUCCCUCUACCAAGGAUAGAGGCCUUUCCUUUGGUCUUACAAGCUGGCAAUUGAAAGAAAAUGGAUCUUUAAAAAAGAUAGAUAGCAUUUUCAUGCCAAUUCUUGAAAAGGCCUAUAAUUUAGAGAAAAAAGAAGAUCCUGAGUCUAAAAAUAAGGAUGAAACCAUCGAAGAUGAGCUAUUCAGGCAUAAUCAAAGACUAAUCUCCUUUAAAAUCGAAGGAAAGCAUUCGAUAGGAAAUUAUCUAUUUGGUUUACUGAGAAAAACCAUCGAUAACAUUUGUGCUUGUUCUCCUCCCGAUGGGAAAAAACACGAAACAUUUGGGAUCAGUUCGGAGCAUACAGCACUCAUUAGACAUUAUAUUAAGUAUUUCAAAACAUUCGUUUGCAUGCCCAAAGUAAUUUAUCACGGUAAUACUGAGCCAGAAGACAUUUAUAAAUUGCAUUUCGACUCAAUCAAUUGCUUCAUCGGAGCUCGGCUAACAAAAUACCAUACCGCAAGUUCCUUCACUAAAGGAGAAGAAAAGUACAUGACAUAUAUAGAGCAAUUCAUAGAUACAGAAGCAAGUGAUAUUCCUAUAGAAAUUCUAUCAGAGGGAAGGGAGAGAUUGAGUGUUAAAGAUCACAUAUUAUAUACGCUACUUCAUUACAUUUGUCUCUUUUAUUCAAAAUCCCAAGAGACUAGAGACAUGCUCUAUACAAAGAUGAAAAUAGAAAAAAUGGGUAUAUCUUCUAUCAAUUUAUCAAAGAUAAUCAAUGAUUAUAGAUACAGUGACAUAGUUGAGAGUAUAAGACCUAUUCACUUUGUAAAUGAUAGUUCUUGCAUAGUAAAGCCAUUAAUAGUAAAAUAA